AUGUCGGAUAGCGCCAAAGUCACCCUGCAUUUCUGCCAAGAUUGCAAUAAUCUGCUUUAUCCCAAGGCCGACCCCACUCGACGCACCAUGGUCUAUGCUUGUCGCAUUUGCGAGUACAACACAGUUGUAGACAAUGCCCUUGUAUACCGUAACGAUUUGCUAACCGUUACAAAAGAGCAAGUCGGUGUAACCGUGGAUCUGGGUGCGGACACAACCCUGGCUCAUUCGGUGAUCCCGUGCCCAAAAUGCUCGAACGAGGAUGCGGUGUUCUUCCAGGAUCAAUCUAAGCGCAAGGAGACGCCCUAUCUGCCGAUGGUACUAUGCCGGAAGGCGUGGAGACAUAGAGAACGCUUGGAUCUUGACUUCGGCGAGUCCCAGCUGCCUCUACUAUCGACGCACGCUCUCCUGCCCUUCACCUUCAGUCGUCAUGUCGGAAUUCAGGUUCGCCAUACACUCGGUUGGCCUCACGACCACGCCACAGUGCGCAGAUUGUACGCGGAUGGGGAUGAACACUCGUUCGACCUAGAAGAAUCUGCCCGUAUGCAGUGGCCUCAAACCCUCAAGCGCGCCAGAUUGGAAGGUCGGGACUCAUCACGGACGCUUGUGUGCGACGAACUAUUCUUCUCAGACGGCACUAUCAUUUUGCGCGCGUACUCAUCCGUCAACCGGACAUACACCCUCUUCAAAGUCCACAAGUCUCUUCUAGCAAUGCACGCGGGCUUCUUUCGUGAUCUUUUUGCCGACUCCACAUCCGCUCUACUCGAUGCCUCGUCUGAGAAGUACGACGGUCUGCCAGUGAUGGAUAUGCAAGAUAACCCGGAAGAUCUUGCAGACUUUCUUCGCGCUAUAUACAUGCCUGGGUUCAUGCGUCGUCAUAUGGACAGCAAAGCGAGAUUAUACGACUUUCCAAAAAUGUACACCGGGGUAAUGCGCUUGGUCAAGAAGUUUGACGCGGCUCAGAUACACGCCGUCUUCGCGGCCGAUCUACGCGCAGCUUGGCCACCGAAUCUACGCGAUGCUGAAGCCAGAUGGAAAGUGUACGAUGCACGUUGGGAAAACGCCGGCAGUGCGGUAGUUUGGCCAGAAAGAAGGUUGUACAGUUAUCCAGACGCUGGGCAUGCCAUACGCAUGGCCGUCGACUAUCAUAUACCCGAUGUUUUGCCGCAUCUAUUCUACGAGCUUGCCAACUACUAUGGCGUUGGGAGUAUCGUGGAGGGAAGAGAGGCCUGCUGUGGAGAUCUCUCCGCCUUGGAUGCGCGCGAAAUGCGAACACUACUUCUUGGGAGUGCUGCUCUUCGCACGCACAUCGCGGCGUGCUUCCCUCUGGAUAUAGCAGAGGUCAUUGAUAUCGACAAUGCUCUCAUUUACUGCUCUGCCAAACCUCGCUGUCGAGAGCACGACUUGAAGAAGCUCUGGCGGGACCUCAGUGAGCAUAUACGUGAAGGGGACAGUCCAUGGACGGUAUUGGAGGAAAACAGUAUUUUCGACGAUUACGUCAUAUGCGCGCCAUGCAAAGAUGCUGUUGAAACGCAUCUGCGCUAUUACAGGGAAGACCUAUGGCCACGACUUCCAGAACUCUUCCGAUUGACCGAGUACGACGUUCCCGCCAACUGGCCCCAAAGCGGAAACUCAUGA